AUGACUGGGCAUCGCGUUCCGCUGGGGUUCACGGUGGGCGCGGCCGCCCCGCUGAGAGCAGGUGAGCCUUCUGACCCGUCACCUGCGAAGGGGGCGCCCGAGCGGGUUUCAGCUCUUAAAGGACAGCGGGGGCCAGGAGGGCCACCGCCAUGGCCAGCCCUGGACCCACCCGCCGCAGGCCCCACGGCCGUCAGCCCUGUGGGACCCAAGAUGUUUACAGAUCCAGAAGCAAAAGUCAGCGGUUCUAAACUCAGUACUAAUUAUAAUGUGGACCAGCUGCCGCCUCUCGGGCCCCCUGAGACGCCGUCGCUCCAGGACCAGGGGCCCCCGGGUGACGAGAACUCUCCCCCAAGGCCCCUGCUAGGCCCUGCUGCCCCAGUUACCUCCUUGUCCUCGGACCCAGAGAAAGCGCCUGUUGCUUCAAAGCCCAUGGCUCCUGGCCAGCGGCUGCGGGAAGUGGGCGGGCCUGAGGCCGGGAAGCUGUGGGUGGGUGUUCUGGCCGCGGGUGGUGAGAUCGUGAGAGGUGAGGCCUUAGCUGCCAGUGACAGUGCGGACCGCAUGGCCCACCUGCUGCGGUGA